UCGCCACUCUGUAUAUUAGUCACUCUACAGCCGCUAUAUAUUCUGGUACUGUAAUCAAGAAGUCAGGACGUGAAUUUAUUGAACUGAGUUUCAGCUAUGGCUUCCACUUCGCUUUUAUCAUCUGGUCCUAAAGCAAGAGGUCCUAUCAGACCCAAUAUGAAUUCUGUCGGAAACGAACAAGGGCUCGAAUCCCAAACGCAGCAGGAAACUAAGGAUGCAAAAUUAAUACAGGAUGAUCCAGCUAAUUCAUUGGAUGCUACGAGCGAAAGCGUCGAAGAGGACGAGUCUCUAGAUAACGAUAACGAAAAUUCUUUCGAAAAUUCAGCUAUCAUAAAAGAAGGUUCAGUUCCUCCAAGUGAUAGUGAUGAACAAACGAAAAAUUCUAACCUUCCAACUCGACAAAACCAAUCGGAAAAAGACGAGAUCCCUAUAUCAACCUUUGGUUACUACUCAGCUUGGCUACUACUAGCAAUGAUAUUUACGCUGAUUGCAAUUUGGAUUGGAUUCUUCAAUUUGAAGUGGGGCACAACUUCUGUUACAAAAACUCCGGAAGUUCGCCAAUGCGCAGGUUUGCUAGAUCUCAAUUCAAAAUAUCCCAACGUUGAUCAAUUGUCCUGGAGUCUACUAAAUGUUAGCGUCAACCGAGCCAUAUACCGUGAACCUGGUGAGCCAGCUACUUUUAUAUUUUUACACAAUUCUUCAUUCGCGGAAACAAGUUUGCUAGAAGACCUUAUUAGCGUUACAUCGGAAUGCUUCGGCGAAGGGCACAAUCCUAUAAAAUUGGAGAGUCAGUAUUUCCGCCAACCCGAUAUUGUUGCCGACAAGAAUUUAUUUUUUGCCGAAUAUUUGAACAAGCUUGAAGCCCAAGGAAUUUUAGUAGUGCAGGAUCUAGACAAGAUACCGGCAAAUGUAGCUCAGGUAUUUUUUACCAUUUGCGAUUCCGUCGAACCACUGGUAAACAAGGCGAUCAUUUUCUUCACGAUUAACCUAUCGCAACACACGGUAGAUGCUAAGUACAGUCCUACAGGGAUAGCGGAAUCAAUACUGAAAGAGCAGUGGGAAAAUGACCUGAAUGCGAACGACUUAUAUCCACUGAUGAAUCGUUUGCUAGAGAAUGUAUUAGUUAUCGACUGAGAUACUGUAGUUUGGAGAAACCGCUGUAAAAUUCAAAUAAACUGUUAUUGCUAUUACUAUUAUCACAAAAUAAACGUUGAUUAUAAGCGACAAACGAUUAC